AUGAAACUAAAUCCCACCAAGUGCUCAUUUGGGGUAACCGCUAGGAAGUUCCUGGGCUAUAUCGUAACUCAACGAGGCAUCGAAGCAAAUCCUGACGAAAUCAGAGCAAUCCUCGACCUCCCUUCGCCAAAAUACGUAAAAGAAGUGCAGAAAUUAACGGGGAGAGUGGCGGCGCUCAACAGAUUCGUAUCUAGGUCAUCCGACAAACGCCAUCAGUUCUUCACAACGCUUCGCAAAAUAAAUAAUUUCGAUUGGACCGCCGAGUGCGAGGAAGCUCUGCAACAGCUGAAAGAGUACUUGACUUCACCGCCACUUUUGUCCAAGCCUAAAAAGAACGAACAGCUGUAUGUUUAUCUCACGGUGUCCGAAACAGCCGUCAGCGCAGUGUUGGUCAGAGAAGAGGAAUCGAAGCAACUUCCCGUAUAUUAUGUGAGAAAAAGCCUCUUGGACGUCGAGACCAGAUACAGUCAGAUGGAGAAACUCACGCUUGCCCUCGUAACAGCCGCCCAGAAGCUGAGACCAUACUUACAAAGUCACAGCAUCAUGGUAGUGACCACUUUCCCUAUGAGAAACGUACUACACAAGCCUGAAUUAUCCGGCAAUCAAAUCUCAGGUGUGGCAGACUUUGUCGCCGAUUUCACUCCACCCAUCCAAGACCAAGCUGAAAAAGAGUUGUUUUGCAUCGCCACGCCAAUCCUGGGAAAGUGGACCCUCUACGUAGAUGGGUCGAGCAACGUCAAAGGCAGCGGACUAGGUUUAGUCUUGAUAUCACCAGAAGGGAGUAUCAUUCAAAGAUCUGUACGAUGCGGAUUUAAAGCGACGACCAAUGAAGCCGAGUAUGAAGCUUUGAUCGCCGGCCUUCAACUUACAGAGGACAUGAAGAUCAAGAACCUAGUUGUCCACUCAGAUUCUCAACUGAUUGUCAAUCAAUUGCAAGGAUCCUACCAAGCAAAGGAUCCAAAGAUGGCGAGCUACCUCGAGGCAGUCAAGGAAUUACAGAAGCAGUUCGACGAGUUUUCGCUAACGCUCAUACCAAGGGUGAACAACGCCCAUGUUGACGCACUCGUAAAGUUGGGGUCCUCGAUUCAAACAACGGAACCCCAACCAAUCCCGGUAGUAUACUUGAAAUGGCCAUCAGUUUGGAAGCAGUACUCAACUCCUGAGGAGACAAUGGCGAUCGAGUCCGCCCCACCCGAAGAGGCCAACGAAAAGGGCGAUGAUUGGAUGAUAUCCAUUGCAAGAUACAUACAAGAAGGGACUUUGCCUGACGACCGAAGUGAAGCUCGACGCCUCCAAUCAAAAGCCGCGAGGUUCACCUUGUUCGGAGGAUUGCUCUACAAACGAUCUUAUUCUGGUCCAUUACUCAGGUGCGUGACGCCAAAGCAAGCCCAAUACGUGUUGGCCGAGCUACACGAAGGAGAAUGUGGAAAUCAUUCCGGCGGUCGCAGCCUGACUCACCGCGCACUUUCGACGGGUUAUUAUUGA